AUGUUAAUACAUAAAGAGCUGAAACUCUUUUACCAAAUCACACAUAUUUUGGGAUAUCUUGAUCUUUUAAUAAUUAUUUUAAUAUUUUUUUUACUUCCGCAGGUUGCCCGUGUGGGUGGCCAAGAGGAUGGAGGCCAUGAAGGCUGUGCACCAGGCUUCCAGGUCAAACAAUACCAGGUGGCGUUCAGUGGAGCUUUCCAGAAAGGCCAGGCGCUUAUACAAGUCGAGUUUGACGACUGUGCGGGGAACGAGGGCGUGAAGUUUGACGUGUCGGACCCCAGCUUCUACGUGGACGGGGAUUUGAAUCUGGUGCCGCAGCGAGAUGUCCUGCACAGCCGGCCAGUCCUGUUCAUCCACGGGCUCAGUGCACACGCAGAUGACGUGGCACAGGUGGAGGUCACCGGACUGCCAGUUCAGUCGCCGCACACUCUCAGGGAUAUCCUGGGUGUUGGCGAGACGCUGCCAUUCAGAUCUAAGAGAUCCUUGCUGAUCCCUCCUAUGAUUGUAACUGAGAACCAGAGAGCCCCCUUCCCCAGGAAAAUUGGCAGGUCUCAUGUGAUUUCAACAGGGAGGUUGGGGAACCAUAUCUUCCGUCUGACAGGCCCCGGUGCUGACCAGGAUCCCAAAGGUCUCUUCACCAUUGACAUAGACACAGGAGAAGUGUCAGUCAGCCGAUCACUGGACCGGGAAGCCAUUGACUCCUACCAGCUUGAAGUUUCAACCACAGACUUCGCUGGAAACCUUGUUGAGGGACCGGCCAUGCUAGUGAUCACUGUCAUCGACCAAAAUGACAACCGACCCAUCUUCAAAGAGACGCGCUACACAGGAGAGGUGCUCGAGGGAUCCCCUGCAGGUACCACGGUGAUGACAAUGACGGCACUCGACGCGGACGACCCCGGUACAGAUAACGCAGCACUGCGCUACAGUAUCGUUAGGCAGUCGCCGGACAAGCCGUCCCCGAACAUGUUCUUCAUCGAUGCAGAAAGAGGCGACAUAGUCACUGUCAUCGCCGACAAGUUACUUGACAGAGAGACACUACCGACCACAACAUAUGAGUUAGAGAUUGUGGCCAAGGACAUGGCAGGAAGUGAGGUGGGCCUAACAGGAACAGCCACGGCUACCAUCACCAUCACGGACAAAAACGACCAUGCCCCUGAGUUCACACAUCCACUGUUCGAGGCGUUUGUGUACGAGGGCUCUACGGGAGUGGUGGUCAACCUGACAGUAGACGACAGGGAUGACCCAGAUACGGGGGCGUGGAGAGCGAUCUACUCUAUAAUUAACGGAGAUCCCACACUGAGCUUUGAGAUCCAGACCAACCCAGACAAUAAUGAGGGAAUGCUGUCUGUUGUCAAGCCUCUGGACUACGAGGACUUAACGUUACACAAGCUACUCAUCAAAGUGGAGAACGAGGACCCACUGGUUCCUGAUGUCGGCUAUGGGCCCAGCUCCACAGCCACCGUCCAUGUCACGGUCCAGGACAUCAACGAGGGCCCCGUCUUCUUCCCCGACCCCCUGAUAGUCACCAGGAUGGAAAACAUUCCUUUGGGCAGCUUUGUGGCCUCACUCAACGCCACAGAUCCAGAUAGUUUACAGAUACAGAGCAUCAGGUAUGCUGUUUUGCGAGACCCAGCAGGCUGGCUGAGUGUGAGCCCAGUCACAGGAACUGUCAACACCUCGGCCUCGCUGGACCGUGAGUCUCCUUAUGUCCAUGACAACAAAUACACAGCUAGCUUCAUCGCCACAGAUAACGGCAUCCCUCCAGCCACAGGCACCGGCUCAUUGGUCAUUUACCUGGAAGACUACAAUGAUAAUGCCCCCUAUGUGGUACCAUCGGUAGCGCGGGUGUGUGAAGACUCCCAUGAUGUGGCCAUAGUUGGGGGGCGGGAUAAGGACCUCCCGCCCAACGCUGCACCCUUUAAGAUAGAAUUGGGAAAACAGCUCGGCCUCGAUAAAACAUGGAAGGUUACCAGGGUCAACUCCACACACUCCCAAAUCAUGCUUUUGCAUAGUCUGAAGAAAGCCAACUACCAGCUCCCGUUGCUCAUCACUGACUCAGGGGUGCCCCCUUUGUCCAACCUCACAGAGGUCAAAGUUCAAGUGUGCGUCUGCAAGAAGAACAAGAUGCACUGCAGCUCUGGCCACACCCACCGGGCCAGCCUUCUCGUGCUGCUCGCGACACUCCUGCUCGCCCUACUCUUUUAUAGUCGAGCUCGCUGUGCGUCGGAGGCGGGGUUCAGCGGGAGGGAUGGACCAUACUCACCUGCUUGCCGCUCCGUUCCCCUCCGUGCCUGCAGCUCAGCCAGCAUCCACUCCCUCUCUGUCCUCGCCUACCGAAAUUCUCCCCUUCCUCCACCUCCAUUUCCCGGAUAA